AUGAAAUUGACAGAAAAUGCAUUUUCUAGUCUAAGUGUGAAUCCUAGGGAUCAAUCAAACACAGGUCAACCUGGAAGUUCAAAGUCUAAGAAGAACUGGAAACCACAGAAAUGGAAGAAAGGGGAUGCAAAGUCUGAGAACAAUUCCAAGAAGGAAAACCAGAAUGAAGGAGCAAAGGGUCCUUGCAAAACAUGUGACAAGCUUCACUAUGGUGCUUGUUGGUUCAAAGGCAAGCCUAAAUGCUACAAAUGUGAUAGGUUUGGUCAUCUGGCAAAGGAUUGCAAAGGCAAACCAGCUCAGCUAACUAUGCAAUACAUAAGGAGGAAGAAGGUAAAAAUGGGCACAGGAGAUUUGGUGCAGGCCACUGGUAAAGGUACCUUAGUGAUUGACACUGAAUUUAGGCCUAGAUACAUUAAGGAAGUCAUGCUUGUACCAGGGGUGGAUGAAAAUCUACUCAGUGUUGGUCAGAUGGUGGAACAUGGAUCUUCCUUGAUUUUGGGAAACUCAAUGGUGGAGGUAUUUGAUGACAGCUCAAUGGAACACUUGGUUGCUAAAGUUCCAAUGAUAGGGAAUAGAUGUUUUCCACUCUCUCUGAAAUAUGUGAAUUAUGUGGCUAUGAAGGCAACUGUUGUAGAUACUAUUUGGUGUUGGCUUAGGAGGUUUGGUCAUCUCAAUCUGCAGAGCUUGAAAUUGUUACAACAAAAGGAAAUGGUUUAUGGACUGCCAGAAACUGGGAAUGCAUAG